AAGAGGGAGAGGAGGGGGGAGGCCAGUACAGGAGGGUCUCUGAUCUCCCCACGAGGGGUCGGGUGACGCGCCGGCGGGGCCGAGCUCCCGGCCCAAGGACCGCGCCGGGGAGACCGGACCCUCCCUGAGCAGGGCCCGUGUCAACGCCCCGGAGCCCCGGCAGCGGGGUCGAAUCGGGCGGCGGGUUUUAAUCCGGUUAGGGGGGGAUUACCGUAGAAGUUUAAAGGCCGAAGCGGCUCGGGGAAGGGGUGCCAGGAACGCCGGACAGGAAGCGGCCGCCGCCGAGCAGCCCGGACGGCACCGUCUGAGUGAGCCCAGGGGCGGGCCGGGAGCGGCCGUCCCGCCGCUCCGCUGCCCCGUCGUCCCACACCAGCCCGGGGGCUUCGGCCCCGGCUCUCUCGCUGCCCAGAGGAAGCCUUUCGUCCUCCCUCAGCGCUUUGCCAGUGUAGACGAUGCCAGCCAUCAACAUAGAGGACCUGAGCGAGAAAGACAAACUGAAAAUGGAAGUGGAGCAGCUCCGGAAAGAAGUGAAGCUGGAGAGGCAGCCGGUGUCCAAGUGCUCCGAAGAGAUCAAGAACUACAUCGAGGAGCGCUCUGGCGAGGACCCGCUGGUGAAGGGGGUUCCAGAGGACAAGAACCCCUUCAAGGAGAAGGGAGGCUGUGUCAUUGCUUAGGAAAACAAGCCCAGCGGCUACCACAGGAGCAGACGCUAUUCUUGUACCUGUAGGGAGUCACUAGCGUGUCCCCACCGCCGCCGGUCCUCGUGGAACGAGCAUAGGAGCGGAUUUCUUGUAUAUUUUUUUUUUCUUACAAAAAUAAAGAAACCACCCCGAAAGCAGCCGAGACCCUCGCGGUUGGCCUCCCCGGCGCUGCCGGCCAUCCUCCCGCAGCUGGGACGGCUCCUUCGGCUUCGCGGCGCCCGCUUUCGCGACUCGUUUGUCGGUUGCUUCAUGGCAAAUGUUCUUUGGCAUUAAAGAAAGCUUGUCUGUAACC